AUGGCAGUAAUUGCAGAACGAUACCCAAGGCUUAACGUCGUUGUCACAGAUUUCAAUGCACACCAACUCCAUGCUUGGCGACAAAAUCAGAUAGAGUAUGAAGAGGAAGGUAUGGCAGAGUUGUUACACUAUAUAACCCAUGCUAACUUGAGCUUCAACAAUGAUGUAAACGAAGCAAUCCAAGAUGCCCAGAUGAUUUUUAUUGGGGUUGAAAUACCUAUCAAGUUAUUUGGUAGGCGUGACGGAUUUAGCCUAUGGCCGUGGAUCAAAGCCAUAAGGAGGAUCAUAAAAGAGGCACACACGUCAAAGAUUAUUGUAGAAAGAUCGACUAUGCCAAUUGAUUCGUUUGAUAUGACAACCACAUUAUUAACUCGAAGAGUCCCACCUCCUGUCCAGCCUGCCGUGCAAUUUGUUGUUUUGUCCAAUCCAGACUUUUCCUCUCCAGGCGCUAGGCUUCAAGACUUGAGGAACCCAGAUAGAGUUGUUAUUGGGUUAAAAUCAAAUGCAGGGGGCGUUCUUCCAUUACGACAGUUGUACAUGGGGUUAGUUCAAAACCCAGAAGAAAUCCGCAUAGUCUAUGCACCUAGUGCUGUCAACGUUGAGAUAGCAAAACUAGCAACCAAUGCAAUGCUCAGUAUGAAACUUACCUACAUCAACGCAAUAUCAAGUUUGUGCAACAAGACAAGAGGAGCCGAUAUCAACAUAGUUAGACAGAUACUUGGAGAAGAUUAUAGACUCGACAACAACUACAUGAUUCCCACAUUAGGAAUUGGAGGCAAAGAACUGAUGAAAGACACUCUAUACAUGAAACAUGCUUUUAGUGAUGUUGGACUGGAUGACGAGGCAAUGCUCUUUCAGAAGGUUGUUCAGUUAGACGUGAAGAAGAGAAUGGAGUUUGUUCAAAUCAUGUUACGGACAAUGCUCGAUCUUACGAACAGAAGGAUUGCUAUAAUAGGACUCACAUAUAAGGGACAGGUUCUCGAUCUUACGAGAUCACCCGCAGUUAGCAUAUGCAAAGCCCUCUUGAGAGAGCGUGCUUUCCUCCAAAUACAUGAACCCUUGUUGGAUGAGCAAAGGAUCCAACGAGCUAUUGGUAAUCCUAACUCAGUGUAUGUUGCACAUGAUCUCAUAGAUGCAUGUGAUCGUGCACACGCGGCUGUAUUUUUUGUGCCAAUGCCCCAAGUACAAUUUAAUUUUCAACAAAUCUUCAAUGUGAUGACACCCGAACCAGGCGGUCGAUACUUGUUCAUGGGCUGGCAUAUGAAUGUUAAUUUCGACGAUUUGAGGCAGAUGGGAUUCCUGGUUAAUGUCAUUGGAAAACCUUAA